AUGGACAAGUGUGGAAUAGGGACGUUGACCGGGACUGAGUGCGGUUCGAUUUCCUUAAAAGGCUGUGAAGUAAGCGAGUUUCAAUCGCUAAAUGCGUGCCAACGCGAUGUAACUGGCCAUUUAAAAAUGUUGAACCUCCGUAGAGAGGAAAUAUCUUCAGAGAAAGAGUUAAUAUUGCUGAGGGCAG